UACAGCCACAUUCUCAUGCGGUGGGAUGGAGGGACGUUAUAUGAUUGUUCAUAUUCCUGGAGAUCUUAAGAUUCUUAGUCUUACUGAAGUUGGAAUCUAUGGGUAUUUGGCAGGAAAUCUGGCAGUGGAUGGAGCCGCUAUACAGUCAUCAACAUUUAUGAGCUGGUUUGCUGAAAAGGCCAUUGAUAGUAAUCGAGGUCUCCAGAAGAAUACGUCAUGCUCGUCAACCCUUAAUGAGACUAACCCGUGGUGGAGGCUGGAUCUGUGUGAUGUGUACAAAAUUAGUAAAGUGGUCAUCACUAACAGAAACGACUGCUGUGCAGAACGAAUAAACGGAGCGGAGAUUCACAUCGGAAACUCUUUGGAGAACAACAGCAAUGACAAUCCCAUAUGUGCUGUUAUUCCUGCUAUUCCAGCAUGUGAGUCCUACAACUACUCAUGUGGUGGGAUGGAGGGACGUUAUGUGAAUCUGAUCAUUCCUGGAGACAUGAAGAUACUCACUCUGUGUGAGGUGGAAGUUUAUGGACAAGGUCCAAUUUUAAAGAGAUAAUUUGUAAAGUUGCAGUUUAACUCCAGAGUUGAUUUAACUGACCCUUCAGUGAGAGAAACUGUUCUGAAACAGUUUAGUAUAAAUAUGUUAUUUCAGUUGGGAUCUGUUCUAGCUGACAAAGGAUUCACAAACGUGACUCUACGUUGGUCUCAAACCCCUAAACGGGUGAUCCAGAAGGUGAAUGCUGAUAAAAGUCGUUGUGGCAAUGGAAAAUAACACACUGGAAAUCAUCACUGUUUGUAUUUCAGUAAAUUUCUGUUUAUUAAAGACAUUAAUUCUGAUUCUAAAUGCAUUGCCUGGAAUUUCUUU